UCUACAAUCCACGAACUGCUUUUGGCACAGUUUACAACAAAUAUAAAAUUGUAAGAUAACAACAGCAUUUCUACCAACUAUUUUAACUCAACUGGAGUAAUUGGUAAUUCCCUCACCAUCUGAAGUUCUUCAAAGAAGAAUGUAAAUUAGGCUUUUUCCCAGCCAGGGUAGUGUUCAAUCCCCACAAACUCUUCGCAAGUUGUGUGGCGUUAGAGAAAGGGAUAAUAAUCCAUGUAUAUUCAUCAAGUAAUACUUUUUUGCUAUUCGGGUUCUUGUUGGUGAUUGAAUCGCAGAUUCUUGUUUAUACAAACGCCUUUUUCUGCUUCUGGUUGGGAUUUAACUCGGCUCUUUUUACUUUUUAACUGGUGACCUGGUUUUGCUCUGGCAAGCAAAGCUUUGGCCGUUAUUGGCCAAAAUACCAAAUACCUAAAUUGUCUUCUUCCAUGUCCUAUGCUGCCACGCUGCUUUGCCUAUAUUGCUAUUAUCAAAGACUCAAAAAGGGUCCGUUCCGGCCAUGAAUUCAAUUACAAAGCUUUGUUUCAGCAACAAUGGCUAUUGUUCCUUCAACUACUGCGUAGUCAACGACCGGAUCCAAUGUCAUGCAUGCAACUGCCGACGGGUACUUGCUAUGGUAAAACCCAGGAGGUUAAGCAACGCAUAUUUACUGUUUGAUAAAAGUCCUGAACGGAUUCCUGUUGCAAGAAAUGACCUUGGGUUGAGUGAGUUUAUGAGCUAUCCUGAAAUGGGUAUAAAAGAAAAUGGGGAUCCUAUGCCAAAUGAAAUUUCUGGUUGUGUAAUUAAGGAAGGAAAUGGAUUGGACAGGCGUCUGGCUAUCAAUCUCUUGAGUGCUUGUAGCCAUGAAGGGGGUCUUGAGGUUGGGCAGAUUUAUCAUGCUUUCUUCUUAAAGACUGGACUUGCGGGUGAUCAGUUUGUGGGGACUAGCCUUGUUGAUAUGUAUGCCAAGUGUGGAGAUAUAGGUGCUGCAGUUUUGGCGUUCAAGCAAAUGGCUCAUGCAGAUGUUGCUUCUUACAAUUGCUUAAUCUCAGGGUAUGGAGGCCAUGGGAUGUUUGGCAAAGCCUUUGAUUUAUUCUUGGAAAUGGGUGACAUGGGUUUGGAACCGAAUCAUUACACUUAUGCAAUUAUGCUGACAAUUUGUGGAACUCUUUCAGCCACUGAAGAGGGAAAACAACUUCAUGCUCAUGUUGUGAAGAUGCAAUAUUUAUCUGAAGUGGUAGUGGGUAAUGCGCUUUUGACAAUGUACAAUAAAUAUGGGAUGAUGGAAGAUGCUGAGUCUUUAUUUGAUGGUCUUGCACAUAGGAAUCUUAUUACAUGGACAACAAUUUAUCAAUGGGUUUUACCAGCAUGGAGACUUUCUAAAGGCUUUAGGACUGUUAUGCCUCAUGAGAAAAGAUGGUGUUGAACCAAAUGAAUAUGCUUUCACUAUUGCUCUUGCUUGUUGUGGAAGCAUGAAGAACUUUUAUAUAAGUAGGAUGUUCCAUGCUUUGGUUACUAAAAGGGGAAUGAAUGAGAAUGAUUUCAUAUUAACUGCUCUUUUAAACAUGUACUCAGGAGUUGGAGAAAUGGAUUACGCAAAAAGGCUGCUGAAAGUGAGAGGAAAAUUACUAUCUGUUGUGUCAUGGAAUGCACUGAUAUCCGGUUUUGUCCAUAAUCAGAAGUUUGAGGAGGCCAUGGAAGCUUUCAGUGAUAUGGUUAAGAACAAUGUAACAUGUGACAAGUUCACCUAUUCCAUUAUGCUGAAAGCUUGCUCUUCAAUGCCGUCACUUGCCAUCUGCAAGCAACUACAUUCGCAGGUUGUGAAACUCAAGUAUGAAUCCGACACACAUGUUGGGAGUUCAUUAAUAGAAGCUUACACUAAUUGUGGAAGUCCCGAAGAUUCUGAACAAGCUUUCAAUCAAAUAUUAAAACCAGAUGUGGUUUCAUGGAAUUCAAUGAUUAAAUGUUACUCCCAAAAUGGCCAUCCAAGAAAAGCUAUGUUUUUCUUCAGAAAGAUGGUUCAAGAAGGGAUCAAGCCAACUAAUUCUACCUUCUUGGGAAUCCUUUCUGCUUGUAGCCAUUCUGGUUUAGUUCAAGAAGGCCAAGAAUUCUUCAACAAAAUGGUAGCAAGGUAUAACAUUCUGCCAGAAGAAACACACUAUAGCAGCAUGGUUGAUCUGCUGGGGAGAGCUGGACAACUGGAAAAUGCACUUGACUUCAUCAAGAAGUUACCCAUCAAACCUACUGCUUCGAUAUGGAGACCUCUCCUUGCAGCUUGUCGAAGCCAUAAAAACAUCCAAAUUGCAGAAUUUGUUGCCAAGCAGAUACUUGAUUUAGAACCCUACGAUGCAACAGUUUAUAUAACCCUCUACAACAUAUAUUCUGAAGCUGGACGACCUCUUGAUGCAGAGAAGCAAAGAAAGCUGAUGGUAACGAAGGAAGUCGUAAAGGAAUCGGGAUGCAGCUGGAUAGAAGUGAACAACAAGAUAUACGAAUUCUUUUCUCAGGACAAAACACAUCCUGAAAUGCAAAAACUGGAUGAGAAGUUGAAGCAGAUUAUGAGAAAUAUUAAAGAUGCUACUGGUGCAAAUUUGUUGUUUGGUCCAGAAGAAAGCCAAGCAGAAAAUGAAGAGGAGACAGUUCUGUACCAUAGUGAAGGAAAGUUAAUUCGGGUCCAGGAGACGAAACCCAUCUUCCACCGUUCAUUUAAAUCAUCACCUGAUACCUACUCUAAACUCAUCGAAACGUACGCUCGUGAUCGAGCGUUGCACCCAGGGAGAGUACUCCACGCUGACCUGAUCACCAAAGGUCUUGCUCGGAAGACCGAGGUUGCCUCCAACCUCAUCUUCUUCUACACGGAGCUUGGCAGAAUAUCAGAUGCCCAGCAACUGUUCGAGAAAAUACCCAAAAGAAACAUCCGACGAUGGAUUGUAAUGAUUGGCGCCUAUGCUCGCCGUGGGUAUUAUCAAGAGGCCUUAAAUAUCUUCUGCGAAAUGCAGAGUGAAGGUCUGAAACCCAAUAGAUUUGUCAUCCCCAGCAUUCUCAAAGCUUGUGGGCAUCUUUUCUACCUCCAAACAGGUGAAAAGAUUCAUUCUUUGGUCUUCAAGAAUUCGUUUGAAUUCGAUGAUUUUGUGAUGAGUGCAUUGAUUGAUAUGUAUUCGAAAUGCGAUCAAGUGGAGAAGGCAAAAAGAGUGUUUGAUGGUGGUUAAGCGAGUUAUGUGGCACUGAACGCUUUGGUUUCAGGUUAUGUACAGCAUAGGCUUGUGAAAGAAGCUCUGAAUUUGGUUAAAGAAAUACGGUUAGAGGGAAUGAAGCCUAAUUUUUUUACUUGGAACACAUUGAUAGCAGGUUUUUCUCAAAUGGGUGAUCAUUAAAUGGUUUCCGAGCUUUUCAGAUUGAUGGAUAUUGAUGAUAUUGAACCAGAUGUAGUGUCAUGGACUUCAGUUAUAUCUGGGUUAGUGCAGAAUUUUCAAAAUGAUGACGCUUUCAAUGCUUUCAAACGGAUGUUGAGUCACGAUUUUUUGCCUAGUUCAGCUACAAUUAGUAGCAUUUUGCCAGCGUGUUCUACUGUGGCAAACCGUGGGCGUGGUAAGGAGAUUCACGGCUAUGCAGUGACGGUUGGAGCUGAAGACGACAUAUAUGUCAGGAGUGCUCUGGUUGACAUGUAUGCUAAAUGUGGCUUUAUUUCUGAAGCGAGGAUUCUGUUCUACAAGAUGCCUGAUAGGAACACUGUUACCUGCAACUCAAUGAUUUUUGGAUAUGCAAACCAUGGAUUCUGCAAGGAAGCCAUUGAGCUUUUUUAUCAGAUGGAGAAGGAAAAGAAGCCCGAUCACUUGACCUUCAUGGCAGUUCUCACAGCUUGUAGUCAUGCCGGACUAGUUGAGCUCGGACAAAGGUUGUUUGAGUCAAUGCAAGGGAAGUAUCAGAUAGUGCCAAGACUAGAACACUAUGCAUGCAUAGUGGAUCUUCUCGGCCGAGCAGGCAAACUUGUUGAGGCUUAUGAUGUAAUCAAGGCAAUGCCAGUCAAGCCCAAUUUGUUUGUUUGGGGAGCAUUGUUGGGGGCUUGUCGGAAUCAUGGGAACAUAGAUCUUGCUGAAGUGGCUGCGAAACACUUGGCAGAGCUUGAACCUACUAGUGCAGGAAACAAGCUGCUGUUGUCAAGCUUAUACGCCAAUGCAGGCAGCUGGGUUGAAGUUGCAAGGCUGAAGAAGAUGAUGAAGCGAAGCCGGUUUAUUAAAUUCCCAGGGUGUAGUUGGAUAGAAAGGGCAUAAUCCUAUGGAGAGUACGUAGCAAUCUGCAGACAAGUUCAGGUGAAACUAAAUACAAAAUUAUGAUUGAUAUAGUGGCUAACAGUUUCACCAAUUCCAACUCUGGACAACUUGUUAAGAUCAUCUGAACAAAUAAUUUUAUCAGUUCAAAGAUGAUAAUUAUCAUUUGUACAACCUGUGGACUGCUUCUAUGCAGUUACAACAAAUAUAACAACAGCAUUUCUACCAGCUA